AUGGAGCCGGUGACAUCCAGUGUCCUGCCCCAUCAUUGCCUGAAGGAGACUGAGGUGAGGGCCCAAGAAGCACCCAGAAAAGGUCUGGCCAGGGAGGAGCAGGAUCACGGACAGACUGGAGGGCAGGACUCUAACAAGACGGCUUCCCCCAGCACCGGGCAUGCUUCCACCUCACCUAGGCCCCCUGCUCGCAGUCCUGGGCCACUGGAGGGAAGUAUCCAGCCCAAGCCUUCAAGAAACAACUUGAGGGACAGGGCACAGCUGUGUGCCACCAGCUGCCUCUCCGAAGGCCAUGUCGUUCCCACCUCACGGCAGCCCUGCUGGAGGUGGCCAGUCUCUGGGGAGGCCUGA